AUGUUUGCAGUAAAAUUAAGUUGUAUUAUAUUCAUAGUAAGUUCAGCGUUUGCCCAAAUUCCUGUCACACCUGAGACAGAAAGACCAAUAAUUGUUUUUGAUACAAGUAAUAUAGCUAGGGGGCAAUAUAAUUUCAAUUUCCGCACCUCCGAUAAUAUCGCAAGAGAAGAGUCCGGCGGGUUUGAUAAAGAUGGGAAUUAUGUCGUUACCGGUUAUUAUGAAUACGUAAACGAGUUGGGACAAAUGUACUUUAUCCAAUACACGGCAGACAAAGACGGUUACCACCCACUCCUACCUGUAGAGGUUAUCCCAUCGCCACCACCCGCCAAACCUCCACAAGCUCCAAUUCUAAUAACAGCUUCAUUACUUGGAUAA